AUGUCUACUAUCAAAACUCUUGUGGUUGUUGCGGUUAAACAUCAUUGGUCUUUAUUUCAAGUUGAUGUUAACAAUGUUUUUCUCCAUGAAUAUUUGGAUGAAGACUUGUACAUGAAACUUCCCCCAGGGCUUACUGUUUCUAAUUCUUCUAUCCCUAUGGGAUCUGGUGAUUCUCUUGUCAUAUUGGUUGUCUAUGUUGAUGAUAUUGUUUUAAUUGGCACUGAUCUCAAAGAAAUUGAUGAUCUCAAAUUAUUCCUACAUGAUCAAUUUAAGAUCAAGGAUUUGGGUUUACUGCAUUACUUUUUGGGCAUUGAGGUUUUGUACUGUGAUUCUGGUGUUCUUCUACAUCAGACUAAAUUUGUUCAUGAUUUACUUGUUGAUUAUCAUUGUGAUGUAUCUUCUCCUGUGUUUUGUCCUCAGGAACUCCAUCGCAAAUUGACUGUUGAUAUGGGUGACCCUUUGGCUCAACCUGAGGUUUAUUGUAGCCUGGCUGCCUUACACCUUUUGCGUUACCUCAAGGGUUCCCCUGGGCUUGGCUUAUUCUUUAAUAAUUCUGCUCACUUCUCUUUACAAGUUUUUUGUGACAGUGAUUGGGCCUUUUGCCCAGAUAGUCUCCGCUCAGUCACUGGGUUUUGCAUUUUACUUGGAGGCAAUUUAAUCACCUGGAAGUCCAAAAAGCAACCCGUGGUGUCCCUUUCAUCUGCUGAAUCUGAGUAUCGCUCAUUGAGUAAAGUUGUGGGUGAACUAACUUGGCUUUCCCACUUUCUUUCUGACUUUGGGAUGCACUCUUCUUUACCAGUUCCAGUGUUUUGUGACAGCAGGUCCGUUAUUCAUAUCGCCAAGAAUCUUGUCUUCCAUAAGUGCACUAAGCACAUCGAGUUGGAUUGCCACUUUGUCUGGGCUAAACUUGUUGCUGGCUUGAUCACUUUACAUCUCAAAUGGCUGACAUCUUCACGAAGACUCUACCUGGUGCAGCUCACCACCUUCAUCUUCGCAAGUUGGGAGUUCUCUCACCCUCCAACUUGA